AUGGGCCGCCGGGACGACGAGGACAAGCCCACGGGCCUCGAGGCGCUGCGCCGCCGCAGCUCCAGCAGCCGCACCAGCGCCAGCCUCAAUCGCAGAGUCAGCAGCCAGACCAGCGCCAGCGCCAGCACCCGCACCACCAGCAGCACCACCAGGCACAACAGCAUCGCCGGCUCCGAGACGCCGCCGCCGCUCAUGCGGUCCAGCCCCAGCGUCGGCUCCUCCAGCUACGCCUUCUCCGGCAGCAGCGUCAUGAGCCCCCUGCGCAGGGAGCUGGACCUCACCCGCGGCCAUGACGGCGACAUCUCCGCCGCCAAGCUGGACCUGGCCCACCGCCUCAGCAUGCUGGCCAAGCGCCUGACGUACGGCGACAGCAUGGAGGAGCUCGUUGCCCUCCACGGCCAGGUUGACCAGCUCGAGCAGGCCCUCGGCGGCGGCACCAGCCCCAGCAUCUUUGGGAGCCCGCCGCUGUCGCGGAAGCCUCGCCCGCUGAGCCUCGGGACUCCCGUCCGCAAGAACAGGGGCAGCGAUCUCGACGGCAGCGCCAUCUUCAGUUCGCCCUCGUCCUCGUUCCGCAACCGCUUCGCCGACCAGCUGUCCCCCACGCCCUCGGCUUCCAUGAUGCAUCGCCACGACGAGUCCGAGGAUGAGGAGCCCCCGCCACCCAAGAAGGGCAUGACUGCGGCGCAAUCCAACAGGGUCAUUGCCGAGCUGGUCAAGCUCAACGAGGAGCUGGAAACCACCGUCACCAAUCUCAAAGCCCGCCAGGAGGAAUCGGAUCACAUUCAUAAGUUGUUGGUGGACCGAGCUGAGCGUGCUGCCCAACGCAUCAUCUGGCUUCAGAACCGCAUCACUUAUCUGGAAGAGGAACUUACGGAAAACGAUACCGAACUGACGCAUCUCCGCGUCUGUCUCAAAGCAGUCGAGAUGCAGUUGCCGCCACACCCAGACAGAGAACUGCAGCGAUGCUUUGCCGUCUUCAAGGACGGCUACAGGGCCAUCAAGAAGAAGCGUGCUGCGCGAUCGAACAUGGUUAGCCACCUGGGUUACGACACGUCCAUAGCCGCCUCUUCGCCCGCGAGGUGA